CUAGGAACCUCGAGUGACCUCAACCAAGAAGUUGGUGAAGUCCUACAUCCAAAACCCGCCCGCCAGCCAACGUCGAUACCACCUCACCUCCAUCAUUUUGUGUCCCCUACUGAGGUACCUCCCUACUUUAGUUGGACUGGAUCUUGGACCGGGUCCAUAGUCGAUAUCGACCUUUCACUCCGCCGGGCACUACCUACGUCGACUACAGGCCAGCCAUCGUAGCGUGGUGCUUUGUCAUCGGUUGCGAACAUCGUCACCUUGCAGCUCUUUGCGAGACCAGAGCCAAAUCUUUGGAUGUUGCGCUUUCGAUUAUCUCUUCUCUGACGCCCUCUCCCCCUUCCUACAUAACCUGUACGAAAACUCCUCCCCUUCGACGACGACGACGACUAUACCGACCCAACCUCUUGUUCGAGUUGCCUCUCGACCAGAAAAUCGCUUCUCCCACGCUGCCUCGACAUACUCCAUACCUUUGCCGCCCCUCUUUUCAGAGCCGCUUCAACAUCAAUAGCAGUUUGCGCCGCAUAUUGCUAAAGACCUUCCGUCGACCAACACUUUGGCACUCGCCAGCAGCAAAAAAAGAAAGAAAAAAAACUAGUAUCGCACAGCGCUGAAGAUAAACUACUUGCCAGCAUCAUGUCGGACCACGAUCCCGAUCACGGCCCAGCUAGCCCAAAUGAAUAUGACGAUGAGAGCAACCCGGCUUCGCCAGGCUCAGUCGACGAGUCGUCUGAGGCAAGCACGCCCAUGGACCCGCCAAGCUCAGGUUCAGAUGCGAUGCCUGGUUUCACACCAGAAGGCGACCUGCCUCGCAGAGUGCCAUCAUUACGGACCAUCUCCGACCCGCAACACACGAAUUCAAUGAGCCCUAGUUCGAGUGUUCCUGGGACAUUGAAUGCCGCACGAAGACCUGCGGCAUCCGCAGCAAAUCUUCCAACGGACCUCAUGGCAAAGGCACGAGCUCUGCAUCAACAGCGGAUGGGCAUGGCUCCCCGACCCAGCAUGUCGCCGCAGAACAGUGGACUGGGUAUGGGCCCUAUGGGAUCGGGCAUGGGCGGGAUGGGAAGUAUGGGGGGCAUGGGACACAGCAUGAAUUUGAACAUGAAUCACGGCGGUCCGGCACCCGGCGGCCUGCCCGGCGGCCUUCGGUUACCUCCAGGUAUAGCACGACCACCGCCCCAAGGCUUCCCCAAAUCCGCACCUGCCAUAGCCGGUCUGGGAGCUAAAAAGGCCCCCAGUCUGAGCGAACGACGAGCGAUGAAGCUCGGAGGGCUACCAGGAGGGCCUGGGUCGCCGGUGACUGCCACGCCGAAACUGUCAGACAUGGGCGCCGAAGACGCCAAAGCGCCAGCCAUUAAUGGAGAAGGGCGCGGAUCCAAGCUGAGCGAUUUCAAGAACUAUAUCGACGCAGAAAAGGGGUGGAUAACUUUCGCAGACGCAGCAACCAUCACACGGACAGGCGUCAACUUCGCCAACGGACAGACCUUCAGAAUCUCGCUAGACGAGGUCGAAGUGAUGGACGAGCUAGGCAAGGGCAACUAUGGUACCGUCUACAAAGUUCGACAUAGUAAGCCCAAGCUUCCACGUUUUGGGCAAGGCUUGAACACCAAGCAGUCUUUAUCUCGACAAGCGUCGGCAUCAGAUGCUGACGUUUCCGAUAUCUCGCCACUAAGUCCUGUCACUGCCGCUGCGCGUGGCAUUUCAGGCAAGGUCAUGGCGAUGAAAGAGAUCAGACUCGAGCUGGAUGAAUCCAAGUUUUCCACUAUUCUCAAGGAACUCGUAAUUCUCCACGAGUGCGCUUCGCCCUACAUCAUUGAUUUCUACGGCGCCUUUUACCAAGAAGGCGCGGUAUAUAUGUGCAUCGAGUACAUGGAUGGCGGCAGUAUAGACAAGCUAUAUGCCGGAGGUAUCCCCGAAAAUGUCUUGCGCAAGAUUACAUAUGCAACGAUCAUGGGCCUCAAGUGUCUAAAAGAAGAUCACAACAUCAUCCAUCGCGAUGUCAAGCCCACCAAUAUUCUGGUCAACACGAAUGGACAAGUCAAGAUCUGCGAUUUUGGCGUUUCGGGAAAUCUCGUUGCCAGUAUAGCAAAGACCAACAUUGGCUGCCAGAGUUACAUGGCACCAGAACGCAUCAGCGGUGGUGGCAUGUCAGCUGCGGGCGGCGCGGCUGCCGGGACCUACAGCGUACAAAGCGAUAUUUGGAGUUUGGGUCUCACCAUUAUCGAGUGUGCCAUGGGUCGAUACCCAUACCCGCCUGAGGUUUCUAGCACAAUCUUCAGUCAACUCAGUGCCAUCGUUGAGGGCGACCCUCCCGGCCUCCCAAGUGAGGGCUACUCCGGCACAGCACAGGACUUUGUCAAGUCCUGUCUCAACAAGAUCCCUGCCAAGCGCCACACCUACCCGAUGUUGCUGAUGCACCCAUGGAUCAAGUCCCUCGGCAGGCCCGAGACUAUCACGGAAGAAGUGGAAGCCGAAGAGAAGGCCGCGGACGACCAGCUCGCCGACGCCACCGGCUCGCUCGACAUCAACAGUAACGGACCGAUCAACGACCAGGGCGAUCGUGAGGUCGCUGAGUGGGUCACCAACGUUCUGGACCGCAAGCUCAAGGGCUUGCUCAGUGAUAAGGCCGAGAAGCCCGCUCUGCACGCUGCACCGCUGGAUCAAGUGAGCCCGGGCAUUGCCGCUUAGAUGAGUUGUGGUCUAUUCAAUUUGACUGUUUGUCUCUCUCGUAGGCUAGUUGAAUGCGCUCAUCUUGUCGUGUUCUUUUUCUGCUAUCCACCUGUUCAUUUAUAGCGUGUGUACAAUCAUACAAGUACAAAUACAGGGGAAGGAAAGAAGGAAGGGCGGGUUAGCAUGAGCAUUACUGGGAUUCAAGUACACGGUAGAAUCCGGAAAUCUCCGUUGGGAUUUUUGUUGUUGUAUCUAUUUCUCUAUAUUACAAUUUUCUUCCACCUUUGAGAUGCCGAAUCAAUGAUGUGAAGUGACGUUGAGUUAGGUGUCUGAACAGUAAACAGGAGGCCUGGUCACUCGAUCUGUGUAUUGUUUUCUUUCUAAACCC